CUAAAACAGUUAUUUUUGUUAAAUUAAUUAGGGAAGAUGUUUUUAAUGCUGUUUGCUUCCCAUGUACAUCGACUAUGUUUAAAACUGCAUAUAGUUUCCUUCUUGGUUAAAAAAAUGCAUCCAUUGCAGAGCUGGUAACUCCCAGAUUACUGUUGAGUGCGAGCAAGGCCACCUGUUGGGCUCUCAGGUUUUACUUCCUUCAGUCUAAUCCACUCUUGAGCAAAAUGUGUGCAAACCCAGACUUGCCAACUUCCUUUUCAUGCUUCCCUCAUAUUUCUGCCAUCCUCCAGCUUCAAGCAACAUGUCAGACACAGCUGAGAGCCUCACAUCUGAGUCCGACUCCUCUGAAGCCUCCUCACCAUCACCUCGUCCCUACCGAGAACAGCCCCCGCCGCCCUACGGGACCCCGCAUUACACUCUCCCAAAGCCCCCCACCAGGUACUUCCAUUAUCCAAGCCCAGAAGCUCCAUCGGAAUCGACUCCACUGGUUUCCUCGUUGUCCUUUGAAGAUAAGGCAGUGAGGAGAGGUUUUGUGAGAAAGGUGUUCGGUCUCCUGACUCUCCAGCUGCUCUUCACCUUCAGUGUGGUGUGUGUCUUCACCUUCUCUCCUGUGGUCAAGAAGGCGGUGCAGACCAACCACUGGGCCUAUCUAAGCUCCUUCAUCAUCUUUGCAGUGGUGUUCAUCACCCUCAUCCUGUGCGAUUCCCUCAGACGCGGUUAUCCAUGGAACCUCAUCGGACUGGUUGUGGUCACCCUGAGCUUGUCCUACAUGGUGGGCGCCGUCGCCUCCUUUCACAACACCUCCACUGUGGUCAUCACCAUGGCAGUGACGCUGGUCAUUUCUGUGGCCAUCAUGGCUUUCUCAGCUCAGACUCGGUAUGACUUCACCAGUUUUUAUGGCAUCCUGCUGAUUGUGGUUGUGGACGUUGUGAUGUUUGGGUUAUUCUACAUCUUCUACUACUCCCACAUCACCAACGUCAUCUAUGGAUGUCUGGGGGCUCUGCUCUAUGCACUGUUCCUGGUGGUUGACUGUCAGAUGAUGAUGGGGAGUAUGAGCCAUCGGCUGAACCCGGAGGAAUACAUCUACGCUGCCCUCAUGAUCUACCUGGACAUCAUCCUCAUCUUCCUCUACCUGCUGGGGAAGAGAUGAUGUCUGAACCUGCAGUUAACCCAUUCCAAAUUCAAUGAGGACAUACUUCAUUAUUUUUAUGAAUGUAAUCCAACAAUCUCAUGACUUAAGGAGAAAUCUAUUUUCAUGUUCCACUGGUUCAUCUGUUUCAGCUGAGAGUUCAUGUGUUGGAGUGCAGAUGAGUUAAAAAAAAACAAGUGAAAAUGAGAAUUAUUAAAAUGU